UGUAUGUAAAUGGUAACGACGUAGAAUCAUCGUCACUCGUCGGUUGUCCGUGUUAAUUGAAUAAACGAAAAGAUAAAGUUAAUUAGAUCGUAACAGUUCGUUCGUAUCAAGAAAACGUAUAAGUAUAAAAUAGUGUGCUGAUUGUUUCUUGUUUCUAAGACGUUCGUUCGUUUCGAAUUAAAUAAAUAAACAUAAAAGAAUAAUGUCAGACGUAGAAAAACAAAUCGAGGAACAUUUCAAGACACUAGUACCUAAAUUGGCAAGUCUUCUACGCAAUGAUUAUUACAAAUUCGAGUACGAGUUGGAACGGCCAAACGAAUCUAUAUUUUUCUCUAGUACAUUUUAUAUGAGGAUAAAAUUUUGGAUAAAUGAUAAUAACGAUAUCAAAGGUAAGAAUAAGGAGAGAAUAAUAACCAUGCGAUUAGUUGCGAAGACGCCAAUCAUGAAUGAUGAAAUACAACAGACAAUGAAAGCAAAUGAACAAUUUUACAACGAGAUAAUUUUCUAUCGUAAUUAUGCCUUAAAGAGCGAUAAUUUUCCAAAAUGUUAUUACUCCAAUGAGAAUGAUCUCUUCGGAGCGACCUUGAUUUUGGAAGAUAUAACUGUCAAAGGUUACAAGAUACAUCCAAAAAAGAUCGAUAUACCGUUGGACGAUAUUUUUUCUGUUAUGAAAGAAAUCGCAAGAUUUCAUGUGAAAGGAUACGUAAUGAAGGAAAAACAUCCAGAGAAAUUUUUCGAUUUAAUUAAAACUUUUAAAGAAUGUCGAUACGAUUCUAACGGUAACAAUCCGCACGAUCAUUUCGUUUAUCUAUUGAAUCACGUUGCUUGCAGACCAAUAAAUUAUUUGCGAAAAAACAAUUACAACAGUAAUAUCUGCGACAAACUUGAGGAAUAUUUGAAGGACGCUUAUCGUAAUAUAAUAUUGCGAACUAUCGAACCGAUUGAGCCAUUGGCGAUAAUUUGUCACGGUGAUCUUACCAUUAAUAAUAUGUUAUUUAAAAGGGACGAGAAAGGGACGCGAGUGAUGUUGAUUGAUUUCGCUUUAAUACGAUAUGGAUCACCUACGAUCGAUCUAUCGACGUUUCUCUGUCUCUCUUGCUGGAGUCAAGUCAAAUGCGAUAACUUACCAAUGGUAUUGAGGAUCUAUUACGAUGAAUUAAUGAGAUGUUUAAAGGAAAAUGGUCUGAAAGAUUUAGAGAAAUUUUCAUUCGAAGCUUUAUGGAACGAUUACGUCGAACACGCAUUAUUUGGUUAUACCAUAUGUUCGUACUUUUUAUGUACGCUUAUGGACGAAAAUUCUUCAAUAAUAAUAGAUAAUAAUUUAGAAAGUUUAACGAAUACAAUCUUUGAAUUCGGCGGUGAUAGAGUUACGAAAGCUUUAGCAGAAAUUUUAAUCGAUUUGAAAGAACUCGGAUGUUUUGACAAAAUUUUAUCUUGAUAAUUGGAUUAUCAAUGAUCGUCCAAUGAGAUAAAAAUGAGACAAAACAUUGAUAUCGAUAAUUGACAAUAUCCCGAUACUUAUUUCCCGAGAAUACUACUAUCAAGAAUUUUUCACUUUUCUGAUCACACUUGUUUUAUAAUUUUUUUUUCUUUUUUUCUUUUUAUUACUGAUCAUUGAAGAAAAUAUCUUCGAAACAAGUUUCAUGAAGACAAAAGAAACAGAAACAAAAAUAAAAAGAAGAAGGAAAUAAAAUUAGAAUCUUUUACAAAUUUUUAUUAUAAAAAGGCAUCGAUAUUCACCAAUUUUUUCUGUCGUAAAGAGAGAGAGAGAGAGAGAGAGAGAGAGAGAGAGAGAGAAGAGAGAAAGAGAAAAAGAAAGAGAAAGAGAAUAAGGAAAAUAAAAAGAAGAUAAAAAAUUCGUUUAAAAAGUUGACGGCCACGUCUAUCGAAUACACCGAACAAAGCCUUUUACCAUCGUGAUCAAAGUUAAAAGGAGAAGUUCGAGGACGCGCAAAAAUUAUUAUUCUUUCGAACGUAGCGAUAGCAGAAGACUCAGGUUGGUAUCUGCCUUUCAAAUAACGGCGUACCCAUGCUUUACUACCGUGGUUACUAUCGUGCACCGGGAAAAAAAAAAAGA